AUGGCUCCUCACGACGCUGUUGCUGGUCCCUCCGACUUGCUCGCCGAGGGCGAGGGCGAUCGCAGUCAGGUUGAAGCUAAGGAUGAUGCCGCUUUACUGCGGACCAUGGGCUACAAGCCGGUCCUUCAUCGGACAUACAACUUCUUUGAGAAUUUCGCGACUACAUUCGCUGCUCUUUACUUUGUCGGUGGUGUGCGCGUCACUUUCAGUACUGGUAUUGCUGCCGGUGGAAACCUGGCGUACUGGACCAGUUACCUGGUCACCAUGGUCUUCACCUUCAUUACUGCCGCAGUCAUUGCGGAGGUGUGUUCGGCUUCCCCAUCAGCAGGUUCUAUCUACCUGUGGGCUGCCGAGGCUGGUGGACCUCGCUUUGGUCGACUUCUGGGAUUCGUGGUGGCCUGGUGGAGUACGACUGCUUGGACGACUUUCUGUGCCAGCAACACGCAAGCAGCAGCCAACUACAUGCUUUCGGAAAUCACUGUCUUCAAUCUGGACUUCCCAUCAGACUCCAGCGAUGUCAAGUUCCGUGCUGUCCAAUGGAUCUGCACGGAAAUCUUGCUCGCAUUGGCGGCUCUCUUGAACUUUUUGCCUCCCAGGUACUUCAAGUAUGUCUUCUGGUUCUCUGCCGGAGUCGUCAUGCUCGACUUCUUCCUGAACCUGAUCUGGCUGCCCAUCGGCACUGCCCAAACAUGGGGCUUCCGCACUACUCACGAGGCCUUCAUGACUACCUACAACGGUACUGGUGCUCCGGCUGGGUGGAACUGGUGUCUUUCUUACCUUGCCACGGCUGGUAUUCUCAUUGGAUUCGAUGCCUCUGGUCACGUUGCGGAGGAGACUAAGAAUGCUUCCGUCACUGCUGCUCGUGGUAUCUUCUGGAGUACCGUUGCGAGUGGAUUUGGUGGCUUGGCUACUAUCAUUCUUUUCCUAUUCUGCGCGCCUGAUACUGAGACCCUCAUGAGCUUCGGUUCCCCUCAGCCGUUCGUGCCGUUAUACGCCGUCGUCCUGGGUAAGGGUGGUCAUAUCUUUAUGAACAUUAUCUGCGUUUUCGCCUUGUGGAUCAACACCGCAAUCGCCAUCAUCGCCGCCUCUCGUCUUGUCUUUGCCGUGGCCCGUGACGGUGUCCUCCCUUUCUCCGGCUGGGUCUCCCGCGUGAACGGCGGCCAGCCCCGGAACGCAGUCAUCGUCGUCUGGGGAGUCGCCGCCCUGAUCACCUGCACGAUCCUCCCCUCCAGCGUGGCUUUCACCUCCCUCGUCUCGGCAGCCGGAGUUCCCAGUGCAGCCGCCUACGGUCUCAUCUGUCUUGGUCGGUUGGUUUGCACGCCUAAGCGCUUCCCCAAGCCGCAGUGGAGCCUCGGUCGCUGGAGCAAGCCGUUCCAGUUCAUCAGUGUCUUUUGGAACGGAUGGGUUGUUGCGAUUCUGUUUUCGCCGUAUGAGUGGCCCGUCACCGGUGAAAACUUGAACUACGCUCCUAUUAUUAUGGUCGGUGUGACGAUCCUGGCUUUGAUCUCUUACUUCCUCAUGCCGGAAAGUGCCUGGCUUCCUCGGGCUCGUCUGACGCAUUUCAUUGAUAGUAAGGGUGCUGUUGAGGAGACGGUGGAGGAAGUCGAUGUGACAGACCGCGGUGAGUCUAGUACUCGAUGA